UAUGUAGAAAACUAUGAAGUAUUUAUUACAUAUAUCUAGGAUGAGUAUUUUAAUACUUUGAAUUCUGCUUAUAGUUUGUUGUUUUUAUAGUACAUUUGUACAUACAUACUUUUUUGCGUCAUGUGGAUGCCAACAAUAAUUCACCAGUUAAACUUGGACUUGUGCCCUGGGAGUGUGAGUCAGGGGAGGAGGAGCACAUUUCAAUCGUUUAUAAAGAAAUGAAAGUGAGCAUUGCAGCGCAGUGAAAAGUCAAACUUUUAAAGGCAUAAUAGUUUGUUUUAAAGAGGCAGCAGAACAGAUCAUAUGUGUCCAUGAAGAUUUCAAACCCGUGCUGCAGGAAUGGCUGCAGCCAGCAGUUUUCUGACAGAAGAUCAGCUCCAGUGCUCCAUCUGCCUGGAUGUCUUCACUGAGCCUGUUUCUAUUCCAUGUGGACACAACUUCUGCAAAGCCUGUCUCACCAAACACUGGAAAGACAAAGACCAGCGUCAGUGUCCACUGUGCAACGAGAAGUUCAACAAAGGGCUCAAACUUCGUGUCAACACCGGAUUCAGGGAGGUUGUGGAGAAUUUUAAGACGCUCCAUGUAACAGCUGAGAAUAAUUCUCCACUCGCACCUGGACAGGUGCCAUGUGAUUAUUGCUCUGGCAAUAAGUUCAGAGCCUCUAAAACCUGUUUAGUCUGUUUGGCUUCUUUCUGCGAGACACAUUUAGAGCCUCAUAAGAGAGUUGCUGCCUUAAAAAGACACAGACUGACUAAUCCUGUGCAUGACCUGGAGGACAAAAUAUGCAUGAAACACAACAGAAUUUUUGAGUUCUUCUGCAGGACAGAGCAGACUCGUGUUUGUACCCUGUGUACGGAACACAGCGCUCACGAUACUGUCCCUUUGGAGGAAGAAUAUGUAGAUAAAAGAGCUCAGAUGGGGAAGGAAAAAUUAGAAGAGCCAGAAAUUAAACAAGAACAAGCACAGAAUUAUCAGAGGAUAAAAGUGAAAGCACAGAGGAAGAAGAAAGGCAAAGGUAAAGCAAAAGCAAAAGUGCCUAAUCAGAUAGUAGGUCCUCCUGCUUUUUCUUCUCUCACUGAGGAUCCACGGCAUAUGGGUGGCUAUUCCUACAUCUCUGAAAAUAAGGGCUUGUCUGAAGGGAGAUUUUACUAUGAGGUUAAUGUUGGAGGGCAGACCGACUGGGUUUUAGGAGUUGUCCCGGAGUCGAUGCAAAGACAAAAGAAAUUCAGACCAAACCCCAGGAAUGGAAACUGGAUUGUAAGGUCGGGAAGUAACUACUGCAGAUGUCAACGAUGCCUGCAAAUGCCUGUUUUAAGAAGAAGGCCUGAAAGAGUCAUGGUGUUUGUAGAUUAUGAGCAGGGAUACUUGUUCUUCUAUGAUCCAGACAAUGCAAUGAUAGUGUACUCUGUUACUGGCUGCAACUUCAGCGAGAGAAUUUUCCUGUUCUUUCGUCCUUUUGAGGAACUCAGCUGUGUACAGAGGCUGCAACGGAAGUUGCGAGAAAUUUUUCAAGAUCCAGAAUCAGUUCGCUUAUACUUGAUGUUUGCUUUGAUAUUCCUGGCUCUGAUUUCAUAUUGGACGUCAAACAGUACAGAGGGCUAAUCUGAGUCUACCAAAGACUGAUGUCAUUUCAUUUCAUUUCAGUGCUGGAUGCUUGGCAACAAUGGAAAAAAUGAUGUGGACCUUUUCUUUUUAAUUUACUACUUUUUAAACUUCCUACUAAAAUUUUUUUUUUCAAGAGUAUUUCUUAAAGCAUCAUGUUUUUUUCAUCGUUACUCUUCACAGAGAGACAGAGAUGGAUAUCUUUUCCUUUAUGAGCUGGAAGACUAACAAGCUGUGGUCAGUGUGCUUCCAGCUGCGUAGCGAUUAAGGAAUCUGCCACUUAGCCAUGUGCAACAAUAUGAUGGAACUUUAUACACAAAAUGUCAGAAAAUCACAAUAAAUGGUUUUACAGCUGUAA